ACUGCAAACUGGAAGCUCUCAUGGCAGCAUCAAACGAGGGACAUACCAGGCUCCAAGCCCCACAACAGGGCCAUAAUUUUGGAAGACAAAGACAGUCUUCCCCUGGCCAUGUGCGGAAACUUGGUUUGACAAGGAAACGGGACAGAAGAGAUGUGAAAGAAGAUGAGAAUCCAGAGGAGAAAGCUCAGAGGCACAAAGAGUUUGAGCUAAAGCCCCUGUACAAAGAGCUGCUGUACACCAUAGCUCACCAGCUGGGUAAGGCGUCUUGUCCCAAGAUUUACUCCCAGGCUCAGCUGCAGCAGUACAUACAGGAGGCGUUUGGGAUGACAGACGCGGAGCACAGCAGCCUCCUGCAGAAGGCCCAGGACACAGAGCCUCCGGUUUACUGCCUGAUGGCUACUAUCAAAGAAGCCAAAGGAAUUCUGGGUAAAGAUGUCAGUGGUUUCAGUGACCCGUACUGCCUGCUGACCAUCAUGGUGGAUGAGGAGCAGAGACACAGCGCUCAGGCCAAGUCCAAACCCUGUAAAUCUGUGGUGAAGGACGCAGCUCUGGACAACAUCUACCAGACUGACAUCAAGAAGCAAACCCUCAACCCCAUCUGGAACGAGACCUUCAUCAUGGAAUUUUCCGACAUGGCCGGUGCAAGUUUCCACUUAGAGAUGUGGGAUAAGGAUGAAGAAGUCUCACUCACUCAAAAAUUAGAAGAGAUUAAAACCUUGAACAGCCUAAGAAGAAUGAUCAAGGAUGCCAAAAAGGAGAAAGGAACCGAUGACUUUUUGGGAAGAAUUAGCCUAAAGCUUCAGGGUCUCCACUGUACAGAAGAUCGCUGGUACAACUUGGAGCCCAGAACCGAGACCUACCCUGAUCGUGGACAGUGUCAUCUCAAUCUGAAGUUCAUUCAUAAAUCAAGAGACGGGACGCUGAGCGCAGGCCGCAGCGCUUACAUCAACUACUGUGGAAUCCUGCAGCAGUUUGUGCAGGCCUACAUCUCCAAGCAGCAGAGUUCUGGUCCGUGGAAAGGAGAGCUGUGCGGAGAGGCUCAGGUGCUUCUAGAGCAGUAUGCCACGCAGAACGACCUUUCACCUUUUCUACAAGACCUAGCGAAGUGGGUCGCCUACAGUAAAUUGUACCAGAGUUUAGAAGUGGACUCCUCUGUUCUACUGCAGCAGCUCACCAGCAUCGAGUAUCACUGGCACCAACAGGAACUACCCUACCAACAGAAAAAGGAGCUGGGAGACUCUCUUCAUGGCUUCCUCCAGUACGGCCUGUGUCUCGUCUCCAAGUACAGAGACAUCUUUCCUCCUACGCCCUCCUCCACCCCGAAACUCCACACACUUCUCAGAAUCUUGGUGCAAAUCUGUAAGACACAGGCUUUCCAGAAGUUGAACCCAGCUCAGUUUGAGUUGCACGAGGAAGUUGUUGAUGCCAUUCGGACAGGAACAGAGGACUGGUUCUUGGUCAAAAAGGGUCUGCACCAGCCUAUGACCAAGGAGCUGUCAGAAAUUGUGAAUGCCCUCUUCAAGCUGAUCCAGGAGGUGCAGGAGGACAUAAAACAUAAUAAAGAUGAGUACAACCGAGUGUUUGUCAGUGCUGUACAAGUGAACGUGUUCACUGUAGUUUACCAGAGGUUUGACUCACUGCUGGCCAAGGAGGUGAGAGGGACCCUGUAUGAGAUGGAAGGUCAGAUGGAGCAGCCUUUGGCCAACAGCCUGUUCCCGGUUUACCUGAGCCUACAAAAGAUCCACAAAGACAAGGCCUUCCUACAGAAAAGGGGAGUUCUGGAGCUGACAAACUUCCAUGAGGAGUUCAGGGAGGCUCUCCCCUACUGGCUGCACCAGGCCUUCAGCACCACACAGGACCGGGUGGAGCGAGCUGUGCGGGUCGACCAGCUGCAACCUCUUCAGGCCGGAGCGGUGCCCAUCAAACACAGCUCCUCUGCAGUGGACCUGGUGUCCUGUGUCCAGCCGAUCUGUCAGCUGUGGGAGCAGCUGUGCUGGCCCGACCCAGAGGAGGCCUUCAUGCUCAUGGUCAAACUCACAGAGGAUGUGUGUAAGAUUGUGGUCAACUACUGCAAAAUCCUGAAAGAACGUGUACGAGCGCUGACAGAGGACUCUGAGUAUGGCAGUGCUAUCAAUAUGCUGUGUGUGGUGGUGAACGACCUGGAGCACCUGCGUUCGGUCCUGUCCCGCCUGCCCUCUCAGCUCAACUGGGCGGGCCUAAAGGAGCGCACUCAGCAUGUGAUCGGAGAAAGACAGUUCCAUAACACUCUGCCCUCACAGCUGCAGCAGGCACAGGACAUCCUGAACAAAGAGAUCCGAUCAGCUCUGCACACACUGGGCAAGAGGUUGAACACAGACAUUGAGAACCACGUCCGGAGCAUGAGCACAAGGAAAAGGUUCCCAUCGAAGUCCACAGAGGAUGUGGCAGCUCCACUGAUGCGUUACCUGGAGAAAGAACUGCAGUAUAUGAAUGAAAACCUGGUCCAAGAAAACUUUAACAGUCUUCUAACCCCACUGUGGAACAACUCAGUGAAGAUCCUGUACCAGGUGGCCACUCAGACACAGAACCAGGAGGGUCUGAUGGUUUACUGCCAGAGGCUCUUCUACACACUGCAGUGUCUGGAGCAGUGUUUUCAUGCCGAGGGCAAUGGACUCCCACUCAGCACAUUACAUUCUGUCGAGUACAAAACGCUAAAAGCUCUCCUGACACACAACUCUCUGAGCAGCUUUCAGCUCAUAGAGAAGUUCUUCGAGAAGAAAAUAACAGACCAGAAUGUUUUCAGUGGAGAGAAGUACGGUGCAGUCACUCUCCUCACGUCCUACAACAGAGGAGAACAGAAGCUGCGAGUGGAGGUGUUGAACGCUGUCAACCUGUUACCUAUGGACUCUAAUGGUUUCAGCGACCCGUAUGUUCAGCUGUGUCUGGAGCCGAGACAUAUUUUCCCCGAAGUAGAACCUCGCUGUACGCAAAUCAAGAGCUGUGACCUUAACCCUUUGUUUGAGGAGGUGUUCGACUUUAUGAUUUCCCUGGAGCAGUGCAAAUCUCCUGGAGCAUGUCUGAUGGUGACAGUUCUGGACCAUGAUACUUUGAGGACCGAUGACUUCGAAGGAGAGGCAUUCCUGCCUUUUAAGUCUAUCCCGGGAGUGCCAGGAAAAAACCAAGAGGAGGUGGACAGAGCAGAGCCUGCGCAGAUACGACUGCCACUGAUGCAUCCCAAGCCCAACGAUGACAGCAUUCUGAAGCUGCUGGAGACCAGGAAAGGAGAACGUGAGGCCCAAAUGUUUGUAAAGAAGCGCCGUUUAAGAGAGAAACAGUCCCAAGAGAAUAACCAACCCUGA